CACCCCCCCUCCGUCCCGCUGCCCUUCUCCUCCUCUUCCUCCUCCUCCUGCCGCCGCCGCCGCCGCUCCCGCACUCUGAAUUGUUGCUUGUUCUCGCGGCGGGACGAACGCCGGAAUCGACUGCCAUGAGGGGUCAAACAAAAAAGAAGAAGGCAGAGUAAAAAAAAAAAGAAGGAAGGAAUUUCUGGGACGGUCGCGGUCCCGAGGGAAAGGGAAUUCGUGGGCGCCGUGGGACCCUGACGGAGCAAAAGCUGCCGGAUCAUCCUGCAUCUGGGAAUUUCAUAUUUUCCUACACACACACACAUACACACACUAGGACACGGCGAGGUGUACACACGCAUGCUAAAUAGGAAUCAGGUUUGGAUUUUUUUACAUUUUUUUUCUUUUUUUUUUUUGCUGCAGCACUGCGCUCCCGUGUUUCGGAUACAAAAGCUUCCCGCUCUCGGCUCCGCUGCCGUCGUCGUCGUCCUCUUCCCCGUGUUCCGCUUUCUUCCCGUCCACUCCCCAAGUUGAGAGCGGGUCGGUUACUCGGAAAAGGCGGACUAAUCGUCCCGAUUUGUCUUCGCGCGCCGACUCUCCCUGCAUGUUCCUCUCGCCCUCGCCGCCUUCCCCCCCUCCCCGCGUGCGGAUUCUCAUCGGAUCCAGUCGUCUCCACCUUGGUCCGUUACGUUUGUGACACAUGCCGAGCGCGGGAUUUAACCCCCGUUGAGCCGUAAAAAGAAGGGCCAGGAAUGAUGAGCGAGCGUUCCAGGGCCACCGGGACGGGCACAGUGAUCCUGGAGGAACCGGAGCCGUCGGGGACCUCGGGCGCCUCCGGGGACCGCGGCGAGGGCCCGGCCCGGGACCGGGGCCCUCUUGGGUGCGCUUUGUGGCCCCGCCAACAGACGUGGCUCUGCGUGGUUCCGCUCCUCAUCGGGUUCAUCGGGCUGGGUUUGAGUCUGAUGCUCCUCAAGUGGAUUGUGGUCGGGACCGUGCGGGAUUAUGUGCCGACGGACCUCGUGGAUGCCAACCGGAUAGGGCAGGACCCCAUCUUCCUCUCCAAGCCGAGCGGGAUCCCCAAAGGGCCUGAGACUACCACCACCGCCACCGCUACCACUCUGAUAGUUGACCACACGCCAUACAGCGUAACUGUCGGGAGAGAUAGAACUCGAUCCACAGAUAUGACUACCGCUAACCCCAGAGCAGGCGGGGCCUCAGGUAGCCUGGUGACCCCUCGGAAUCACGGAAAUCGGAACGGACGCCUCCCUGCGGGUUUUACCACGCCGCCUCGGACCACGCCGAGAAACAGGGAGGCCGCGUCUAGUCCGUCUCCGUCCAAUCCUACCGUGCUACACGACUCCACGCAGAUGUGGACUUCGGAACAUACCACCGCAGGGGCCACCACCACCACCGCCGCCGCCCCCCGCAGGCACGGACACCGCAAAACACCGUCUCCGACGGCCCCGCCUCUGCGCUCGGAGCACUUCAAGCCGUGCCACGACAAGGACUUGACCUACUGCCUCAACGGCGGGGAGUGCUUCGUCAUCGAGACCCUCAGCGGACCUCACAAGCACUGCAAGUGUCGCGAAGGCUACCAGGGCAUCCGUUGCGACCAGUUCCUGCCCAAGACCGACUCCAUCCUGUCGGAUCCGAACCACCUCGGCAUCGAGUUCAUGGAGAGCAAGGAAGUGUACCAGAGGCAGCUGCUGUCCAUCACGUGCAUCGCCAUGGCGAUCGGCCUCCUGGGAGCGCUCUGCGUCGCCCUCUACUGGCGAAACAAGCGUCGGCGGGAGAAGCUUCACGCUCACCUGAAGGAAAGUCGAAGUGUGAAAAACUACACGACAAGCGUCAACAACAUCCCGAACUCCAAGACCCGGAACAGCAAAGCUGACGUCAGAAUGCACCAGUAUUGUAAACGUUCUCCGUCUUGUCAUCACGACGACGUGAGCGAGUUCGGAUUCCCGCCGACCAGAAGCAACGUGAAGCUCCUCACGGAGCAAAGGACCCUGUCAGCCCAUUGGUCGGCCACCCGCAGGACUCCGCCCAUCCCCAGAGGACGCCCCAGAGCUUUCGGUCCGGCCUAUCAGCACCUCCAAGAGGCGGAGCUUACCGAGAGGGAGGCCGACACGCGGCACGGUUACAUCCAUCAGGAGGAGCCUCAGCGGCAUGAGCCCAGACCCGAAGCCCCGGUAAAUAUGCAAGCCGCCGUCGACGCGCCGUCCUGUUCGCCUCCCAGCGGCGUCACCCGGAGCCCGACCCGCCCCUCGGCCUCCGUCCCGACCGUCCAGGUCCAGGUCGCCGAGGUUUCCUGUAUGCAAACUACAGUGAUGUCAUCAAACGGCGCCGGCGAGCGCUCCGCGGCGGAGGCGCGCCCGAGGCGCCGCGACGACGGGGACUGCGAGGACCUCCGGGCCGCGCCGCACGGCCGGCAUGAGGAUACCCGCGGCGCCCCCUGCGGUGGCCCGGCGCAGGCCAGAGAAACUGUUUGCUUCCUUAACCGUCACGUGGGCCCGGCGGGCAAGACCACCCACGUUCAGUUGCUCCGGGAGACGGACCGAUAAAAAGAUGGCGGCGGUCGCCGUCGUCGGAUGAAAGCAAAAUCGGCGCGGGAAUUCCGUAUUUAUUUCCAAAACACGACGAAGAAGAUACCAAAUAGCCCGUCGCUCCAUGGUUGGUUCUCACUGUACAAAGAAUAUAUGAAUAUAUAUAAAUAUUAUAUAUGGAUAUAAAUAUAUGGAAUUCAAAAAGUGACCAAGCUGAAGAACGACGGCAGGAAUGAUGUACGUCUUUUUUCUCCGACCCCCCCCACAUCCUCCGUUUUAUAUGAUGAACGGCGUCCCGAUCGGCGACGGCGAAGGCGAUGGCGGCUUGUCGGCCAACAAUCGCACUUUGUGUGUGCGUGCGUGCGUGUGGGUGUGCGCGCUUCCACCCGUUAUUUUUUUUAACAAAAGUUGCCAACGGUCACCGCGACGUGCACGACGACAAAACGACGGAAGGACACCGGGACAGAAGGAAGCACAUUUCUGACUGUUUCUCAUUUCAUUUUGCAUCGACGUGAGUUUGGUGAGUGGCGCCACCUGCUGGGCCGGCUGUUUGGCUGUUGAAACACAAAAUAAA